AGUGUCCCUGCAGGCUAUGAAAGAGAGGGUCGUACAUCCUUCUGUAGAGCGUGAUGCGCAUGUGUUCCUACAUAUUGAUCAGUGAACAGCGUGUGUGAGCUUCACACGCGUGGUCCUGACAGUCUCGUCACCUUGUGAUGGAUUACAGCAUCAGAGGAGUCCGAUGCGGAGCAGAGACUCAUUUGGCUGUUUUUCUGUGAGAGCACUGGAACGUCAGCCUGAAUGCAGCGCUCGUCGCAAAACAGACGUCCUCCCUGGCCAUCCUCCUCCCUCUCCUCUCCUCUCCUCUCCUCCUCUACGGAGGCAAUCCUUGCUGACACAAGGCACAAAGGACUAAAUGCUGGCUGCAUCCUCCAGCAGCAGCAGCAGCAGCAGCAGCAGGGCUCUCUCCUCGUCAUCCUCUACGGUCAGGCUGUGCACAGCGGGAGGCUGUUUCUCUAAGACUGCUUAAUACUGUAUAUCUCAUCUCUGGAAUACCGGCCUGGCUGCCGUCCUCCUCCGCCCCCUGUAUCCCCUCCUCUUCCUCCUCCUCCUCCUCCUCCUCCUCCUCCUCGGCCGGUUCAUUCAGGGAGCACAUCAGCUCAGGGAUACAGCCCUGAGGAGGCGUUUUUUUAGCUUGCUGGAUUUUGGUAGGACCACUGAUAGCUUCUUUUUUUCAUCAUCUGAUGCGUUUACGUCGCAGGAUGUAGGAGCUUUCUCCUUUUCUUCCCUCUUUUUGGCCGCCUCUGUUUUCACCCUGCUACACAUCACUAAACACACAGUCACCCCUGAUCUGUUCCCUGAAACCCCCCUGGUGCCGUCCCUUCCUGCGAUAUCAUCUGCACGAGCCAGCUCUGCCCCUCAAAAGCCCCGGAGGCGCAGCAGCGGCGGAACUGAUAGCGCUGCCAGGCCCCGGCCGUGUCACUCAGCCUCCAGGCCAGGCCCCAGCAGAGGCAGCAUGGAGGUGGGCAUGCGCGUGGUGCGUGGCCUGGACUGGAAAUGGGGAAACCAGGACGAUGGAGAGGGCCACGUAGGCACUGUGGUGGAGAUCGGGAGGCAGGGCAGCACCACCACACCAGACAAGACCGUGGUGGUGCAGUGGGACAGUGGCACACGGACCAACUACCGCACUGGUUACCAGGGCUCCUUUGACCUGCUGCUCUAUGACAACGCCCAGAUUGGUGUGCGCCACUCCAACAUAAUCUGCGAUAGCUGCAAGAAGCAUGGCAUCAUGGGAAUGCGAUGGAAGUGCAAAGUGUGUUUUGACUAUGACUUGUGCACCCAGUGUUACAUGAACAACAAGCACGACCUGGGCCACGCUUUCGAGCGCUAUGAGACGGCACACUCCCAGCCAGUGAGCUUGGCACCGAGGCAAAACCUCCCGCGGAUCAUCCUCAAAGGAAUCUUCCAGGGGGUUAAAGUGGUUCGUGGACCUGACUGGGACUGGGGAAACCAAGACGGUGGGGAGGGUAAAGUUGGGAAGGUAGUGGACAUUCGAGGCUGGGACACAGAGUCUGGUCGCAGCGUGGCCAGUGUCACCUGGUCUAAUGGCACCACCAAUGUCUACCGAAUGGGACACAAGGGCAAGGUAGACCUCAAAUACGUGUGUGACGGACAAGGAGGCUUCUAUUACAAAGACCACCUACCCAAACUAGGAGAGCACGCAGAGCUGCAGCGUCAGGAGAGCGCUGACGGUCACUCCUUCCAGCAGGCAGACAAAGUCAAAUGUCUCUUGGAGGUGGACAUCCUGCGACAGAUGCAAGAAGGUCACGGAGGGUGGAACCCCAAAAUGGCAGAGUACAUUUGCCGGAUCGGGACUGUUCACAGAAUCACAGACAGAGGAGAUGUACGAGUCCAGUACAGCAACAACAUCCGCUGGACCUUCCAUCCAGGGGCCCUGACCAAGGUGAACACAUUUGGAGUUGGAGAACGAGUCAGAGUGUUGGAGGACAUGGAGAGCGUGAAGAGACUGCAGGCUGGCCAUGGAGAGUGGACGGACAGCAUGGCUCCUGUUCUCGGGCAGGUUGGGCAGGUGCUGAAAGUUUACGCAGACGGUGACCUACGAGUGGCGUUUGGCAGCCAGACGUGGACUUUCAAUCCGGCGUGCCUCUCAGCCCAGCCUGUGGAGAUGGACGCCAACCUAAUGACGACCGAGAACCCCAACGAAUCUGGAAGUACUGUCAUCUCAGUGUUGGAGAAGCUGCUGUCUCAGUCCACGGAGCAGGACAACCCCAGCCGGCUGGUGAUUGAGGCAGCACACGGCAGUGCCAACAAAGUACGGGAGUUGGUGCAGAAGUAUCCUGACAAGGUGGAUAUAAAAAACCAGGGCAAGACCGCUCUGCAGGUCGCUGCCCACCAAGGUCACAUGGAGGUGGUGAAGGCCCUGCUGCAGGCCAACGGCUCCAUAGAGGUCAAGGAUGAAGAUGGAGACACUGCAUUGCACUACACUGCCUUUGGCAAUCAGGCAGAGAUCGCACGGCUGCUGUUAAGCAAAGGAGCAAAUGUCAACCUCCUGAACAACUCCAUGUGCACGUCGCUCCACAUCGCUGUGAACAAGGGCUUUACUGACGUGGUGCGCGUGCUGACUGAACAUUCAGCUGACGUGAAUCUGCAGGAUUCAUACGGGGACACACCGCUCCAUGACGCCAUUGCUAAAGAUUUCCGCAACAUCAUCGAGAUCCUGGUGUUGGUGCCCAACAUCGACUUCACCCAGCAGAACCACCGGGGCUUCAACCUGCUGCACCACGCUGCCCUCAAAGGAAACAAACUGGCAACAGAGAAGAUCCUGGCCCGAGCACGGCAGCUGGUGGACGUUAAGAAGGAGGAUGGAUUCUCGGCUCUGCAUCUGGCUGCCCUCAACAACCACAGAGACGUCGCCGAGAUCCUUGUCAAAGAGGGACGCUGUGACAUCAACAUCCGCAACAACCGCAACCAGACGCCUCUGCAGCUGGCGGUGACGCAGGGCCACACGGAGCUGGUGCAGCUGCUGGUGGAUGAAGGUGCCGAUGUCAACAUGGAGGACGAGGACGGCGACACGGCCAUGCACGUCGCUCUCCUCCGCCCACAGCUCGCCAAUGUUAUGCUCAGCCCAGCGGUGGGAACCAGCAGCACGGAGGAGAGCAGUGAGGGCUGCUCGACCCCAUCCCUCUACUGCAGGCUGAACGCUUCAGGUCUUCUCGGGAACACAGAGCUGAGUGUCGGCGCAGCAAUCGCUUGUUUUCUAGCGCAGGAGGGAGCUGACAUCAACUACGCCAACCACAAGGGCAAGAGUCCCCUGGACCUGGUGGCAGAGAGCACCAUGAUGCAGCUCAUCAAGAGCUUCUCUGAGAAACACAGGUUGCAGCGUCUGCAGGCCAUCACAUGUGGACAGGGUCUGAGCAGUGCCAGCCUGCGGAGGGUCCACACUACACCAAACACGAUGACAAACCUGGUUCUUCCCACACCGCCCGGGCCCAGUGAAUGCCUCAUCUGCUCUGAGCUGGCUCUGCUGGUUCUCUUCUGUCCCUGCCAGCACAGUGUGGCCUGUGAAGAAUGCGCCCAUCGAAUGAAGAAAUGCAUCAAAUGCCAAGUCACAAUCACCAAGAAGAUUAGACAAGACCAAACAGAGGUGGACUGCAGCCCCGGCACCGAGAACUCAGAGCAGCACAACCUGCUGGAGCAGCUGCAGUCUCGCUAUCGGCAGAUGGAGGAGCGGAUCACCUGCCCCAUCUGCAUCGACAACCACAUCAAGCUGGUCUUCCAGUGCGGACACGCCUCCUGCAUCGACUGCAGUGCCGCGCUCAAGACCUGCCCCAUCUGCCGGCAGACCAUCAGAGAGCGCAUCCAGUUAUUCGUCUGAGCUCCUCUGUCCUCUCGGCUCCUAAACACCCAAAGAGGAUGUCAGAGGGGGGACCGGGGGUGAAGUGGGAGGGCAGCUGUUACAUUUGAAGACCCUGUGACUUUUGUCUGCCUGUCACACCCUCCUGCUCCCCUGCCCUCCACUCGAACUUUACUACAUGACGCUGUGUUACAUCGCUGAGAGUCCACUGUUACAUUUUCAGAAGUUCCCCCUUUUGAUCAGCACAGACAGGAACACGGUGAUGACUUUUACAGCGUCUGAACUGAUGUUCCACCGAGCCCCGACGGGAAGCAGACGAGCGGAAAGUUUGAGGUGAUGCUGCCGCUCAGAAGAGUCUGAGUGAUUAGCCGGGGAAAAGGUCCCCACACUUCUUCGCCCGCUCAGCCUCCACCUUCUGUAAUCUGUCCUCUCUUUGCUGCUUUAAGUGGAUGUCUGUUACCCAUAAUCCUCUCUGGCUGUCUGGCCUCCUCUGUUUACACGGCUGCGUAGAAACAGUCCUGUCUUCUCGCCCCUCGGCCUGUCCUGUGAAUUAUGUUUGCUCUCAUUUGUACCAAUCUCUUAAUAAUCAGUGUUAGUCUCUGCAGAGGGAGUUGGUAUAACUAAAGGCUCUCUAUAUAGUCCCCGGCCACUCGCCUGUAUGCAAGGGGGAAAUACACACUAUAUAUGCAUGAAGAUAUGCAUAUUGUAAAGCUGAAAAUGACUGUGUUGUCAUGGGUGGUUUGUUGUCGUCAGUGUUUUAUUUCUCUCUGGUUACAUUUGUGGUUUUUAAUGUACCCAUAAGUACAGAUUUUAUUUAUGUGUGAAAGGUGGUGUUAUGUAGUAAUGUCCUUUUUAAGUUGGUGUUUACUCAGCAAAGAUCUUUUUGUUUGUAUUGAAUUUCACCCCAAGCCUAUGUCCUCUACUCAGGGUAUCAAAUCAUUGAAAGCACUUGUGAUAUCCAUAAAGGUUAAUGACCGCCCCCUCCACACACACACACGCACACACACACGCACGCACACACACACACACACACACACACACACACACACACACACACACACACACACACACACACACACACACACACACACACACACACACGUCCAGCAUUACACAGCUACAGUGCUUUGGAUCAUUUUAUUGAGGGGUCGCCUAAAAGAAAAGGUCAGUCACUCAAAUCAGCAGAAGAAACCGUCAGUUCACUUUUAACACUCAAGAUGCAGAAACGUUUCUGCGAAAGGACUCACAUUCUUCUUCUUCUUCUGCUGCUCCUUCUUCUUCUCAGAAUCCCAGAAGCAUCCCAGAGGCAGCAGUCAGCUCUUUAUGUUGUUAAGUUGAAACAGAGAGCAGUGUGUUGGUUUGCCUGUUUGUGUCUGAAGAGCAGCGUCUGUGGGUUGUAGAGACCGGCGUGCGGUUCAAAGGGGAAUCCUUGUGUUCAGUGUUUUAUCCACCACAUGUAUUGUAAGAUAUAGAAUCAGAAGGGCAAAAACAUGAACUAGUCAUCAUGUCGCACCUCUAGCUCCACGUCUCCUUCCCUCGUCUAGUCACGUCAGAAAACCCUCCGCCUUUUCCCCCUCUCUAGUUCUGGAUUGUACAUCAUCUUCAUCCUCUCUAAUGUGUUGAUGUGUUUUCUUGAAGGGCUUAUGCAUAUAAGAAAAAAAUACUAUUUUAAUCUUUAUUUAAUUUUAUUUUCUAUGAUAAACUUCCAGAGACAGGAGGGGUUUUCUUUUCUCUUUUCGAUCCCAAAUUUUGGGAGAGCCAAUGUUAAAGAUGUACAUUUGAAUGUCGGGGAAAAAAAUGUAUCCUGUCUCACUCUGCCUUUUUUUAUGUGUAAAGAUUAAAAGAUGUAAGAGGCUGGAGCUGGAGCGGCUGAGAUGUGUUUACCAAGAGGUUUACUCUGAGGAAAGAACUUUUACAUCAGUGCCAAAUCGCAUGAGGAUGUGCAUGGGCAUGCACGCCCGAAUUUAUCUAGACACACUACGCUAAACCCCUCCAAGCUCAACGAGGGAUCAAUUAUUCCAGCAGUGUUAAUAAACGAAAAGCAAACUUUCAAAUUUGAUUUUAAUUCAGAGGUGUUAACUCUGCACACUUGGUUCCUGGUGUUAGCAGUGAACUUUUAGAAUCGUAUCAGUCCCAUAUUGUUUGGAGCUUUUUACAAGUAUAUAUAUUUAUAUUUUAUGAGACGCUAUCAAUCAAAGGACGAGUUUCUUAUACAAAAUUCAACAUUUAAAGGAUUGUGCGAUGCUGUUCUGAGUUAAGACGGAUUUAAAGGCAAAGGCAAUAAUGUUUUGGAAACCUGUGGAAGAUGUCGGAGUUCUUUCUUUUGUCCCUCUGAAGGAGGCGGCUGUGAGGGCGGGAAACAAUUUAUGUAUAAAAACACUAUCAAAGCAGCAAAUGUUACUCUUGGUGUUUGUACAGUUCAGCUCUUGGAGUUCUGAUGUUGGCCUUACUGUCCAUUCCUCCUCUGUUGAUGUUUUUUCAGUUGUAUUCUGUACAAAAAUAUUUUGCAAUAAAUAUGGAACUGUUUUAUAAGGA